AAAACAUUUGUGUGAACAGUGGAGGGAAAAUGCUACAAAUAAACCCAAUUAGUUAAAAAAUGUUGUGAAAAAUCAGCUGACAGUACUGACAGACGCCUAAAUUACGAUUGUUUGUCGACAACUUGCAGCUUGAAAAUUAAUAACUGGAGACCUCCGAGAAAAUUAUCAGGUAAUCGGAACUUCAUGCGGAAAAUUGUCAAUCUCAAAUUUUCCUAUCAUCAAUCAGUGAAAUAUCUGAAUAUCCGUCAGAAAUGAUGUAAUCGAAUGUAAACAAUAAUGGUACUCCUGACAUGAAGGAAAAAUUGUCAAAGAAUCAAAGGUCACAAGACAAAGUGCACAGGCACCUAUCCUGCAUUGCUCUGAAAAAACGUGAUGAGUAUGGAUCUAUUGAUAAAAGUGAAUAACCAAAGUGCUGGUAGAGAUAAAAUUGCCAGGUUUUUUCAGUAUGGAAGUCGUGCCGGAUGGUAUCUCCUGCAAAAUGGAGAGACCACCAGGAAUUCUGUGGAUAUUUUGAAGAGCUUAGAGUACACGUUUAGCUCCUUCAGAAAAUUACUGCGCUUUGGGAGAAGUCUUGAUAGUCUAUAUUCGGCUCUCUCGACAAUUAAAAAUCCAGAUUUAGUAAUUAGAUUUACACUGACAUUUUCAAAAAUAGCUAAUGGAUUAUUUCUAUUAGCUGACCAUAUAAUAUGGAUUGGACGAGCAGGAUUAUUUCGAAUUAAUCUGGAGAAGUGGACAACAGUGGCUAAUAAAUAUUGGUUAUUUACUAUUGUUAUGAACUUAGUAAGAGAUUUGUACGAAAUUAUGCAAAUAAUUGAUCAGAAUAGUCUGCAUCAUAACUACAAAAUUAAUUUAUCCAUCCACGACUUGCUGUCAAUGAUUUUGUGUUACUCCAAAAAUCAUAAGAGCGUUUUUUUGGAUAUUUUAAAAAAUGGGUGUGACUUCUUCAUUCCGAUGACAGCACUGGGAUACACUAAAUUAAAUCCAGGAACUAUCGGUCUUUUGGGCUUGAUUUCAUCAAUUGUCGGUCUUUACUGUUUAAUCGAUCCACUUGCCAAAUUGUCACCGUCCUGAUGGAAUUAAGAAUCUGGAUAAUUGAAUGAUAUGUUGUUGAAGAAAAUUGAGACACUUUCGUUUAUUGUUUGUAUAAAAAUAUAAAAAUCUGAUAAUAAGAACUGAAACAUUUUACCUCAAA